AUGGCCCUUUUCAUUCCUGGAGGAACGUUGACUGACAAAGUAGUUUUGAAGAACUUAUAUGCAGUGAAGGGGGAAGGAAGUUGGGAGACCGUGGUAAUGAGAGAGGAGGGAAAGGAAGUUCAUUCUUGGCCUCCGUUGACAGGGGACCCCAGACCAUCUGCUUUCUCUCUGCUCUAUCUUGGCAUGGGACUCAUCAGCCCGGCUUGUGAAUUCCUGCCGCAAUGCAGAGUACCAGCAUGGGGAGAAGACAUCGAGGAUUACAGUGGGAGCAGCGAAGGAGGUGUGAGUGUGUUCUCACGCUGGCAUCAACAACCCCAGGAGCCUCAAUACCCACCACCGGCUCAGCCGUUGCUCCUGAAGCCCUUGAUUACAAACAGUCAGCCGGAAUCCUGCGCCACCCGCCUCCUGGAACCGGUUUACCACUACCCUACAAUAGUCAGUGGGCAUCAUCAGCAGCCACCUCAUCCGCCACCUUCACCAAUACCUUCGAAAUGGGACCUGUGCCAUCUGGUGUGCUAUUACAUUCUUCAGUUCUUCUUGGUGUGUGGGACGAUGACUGGGUUCAGUCUGGUGAUUGUGGGUGCUUCGGUGCAUGCAACCAGUCCGGAUCUGCUAGUCCUCAUGUAUAUUGGUGUGCUCCUCUUGUCUGUCAGCCUUUUCUUGUUAGUGAUUCAGUGUCGUGCACAGCAGCAGCGUGCUAACAGGAAUGACCAACACCCGCCAACAUCUGAACAGCCCCAACCACCUCCAUCAGCUCCUAUGCGGACGCUCCCAGCUGCUGAGCCGCCUAGUUAUGCAUUACCAUUCAAUGAUCGGCGGUGCGUGGAGCACAUACUCUGAGGAACAAGGAUAGCUUGACUUCACCACUGUGAUUUGAGGGACCAGUUCAUGUGUCCUGCCAUUUUAUUGAUCCUAGCAUAGAUGGUUAUGCUUUGUGAAUCAAAUUCUUUUCCUUGCAAAAGUGGUUUCAUCACUUUCUGCUUGAAUCUCAAUUAUGCAUUGAUGCCAUGGUUCACUGUUUUUCCUUCUUGGUUCACCUGUUCAAGCAGGAUGUA